CAAAGUGAUAAACCGUUUUUAAUACGUCCCAACCAGCUAAAAAAGAGAUACGGGUCUAUUCUGAUUUUAACCCGAGACGGCCUACCUGGCAGUAAGAAUAGCGAUUGGAAAGUCUCAAAGACUGAGGCAGCAAGGCGACGGUGUUAGGGUUUUUCGGCGAAGGCCAAUAUCUAUUUCGGAUUCCCCAACUCUAAGCCAAGAACCAUGAAGGUACGAUCAUCAGUGAAGAAACUUUGUGAGUUCUGCCGUACAAUCAAACGACGCGGGCGUGUAUAUGUGAUAUGCUCAGCUAAUCCCAAACACAAGCAACGACAGGGCUUGUCGACAUUGGCAUAUGAAGGAUCAGUACCUGGCAGCACGUCUUUAGAGAUAAGUACUCAUCAAGAGAUGUCACCUGGCAACAUCAUCCACAGCGGUCCACCUUCUCUUAUAUCCAAAAAUAUAGAAGUAUCAGUUACACCAUGGUGGAAAAGGGGUUUGGUGUCUAAUCUUCUCCAUCGCGACAGUAAACAGUAGACAAACAGCACAAGAAAUACAUUCUGGGUUCUGCAUUUAUGAGUUCCCCUUCUGCCAAUUUUCGCUUCAAGCUCUCUAAUGGCCUGUGUUUUCCUAAUUUACCUAUGAUUUCAAGAUGGUUCUUGGGUAGAGUUGACGCUAAAUGAUUCACUUGUGAGCCGGGAUUAUCCAAGUACUUUAAGCUGGUGGUGUUGGUUCCCCCUCCGCCCCACUCCAGCAGUAUUAAUUAUUGAGAGUGUUUUCCUCAAAAUUAAAAUAAAACAUUAAGGGUGUUUUGGGCUUCUUUGGCUUUCAUUAACUAUGUUUUCUUUUCCCCCUUCGGGGCGAUUGAUUUGCACUUCGAAAAACAAGAGAAAUUAUGUUUCUUUGCGAUCUGAUAUUCUUGGGUUUUCUUUGUGGAAAUAAACUACUUCCAUUCCC